AAUCUAGAUAAAAAUUAAAAGUUCAUUAACUUUACACACUUAUUUACUUUAUAAAACUAUUUAAGAAACAGAAAAUGUAAUUUUUUUAUUAAUUAUCUCUCAAUAUUUUUUGUUAAAAAUUAAAAUGCAACGUCUCCCAAGUACCCGUACCAGGUCAUAUACCCGUUGUGGUGCAGUAACAAAAUCAAAUUUCUUAAGAAAUGAUUGCAUCGACCCGAGCAUUAAACAUACUUGCUUAAUUUGCACGAAAACUAAGAAAAUGCGUUGGAUGUUGAAGCACGUAUGUGGGCAACUGUUUUGCAUCCCGUGCUUUCAAAGGACCAAAGCAUAUGAUAGGGAUUGCCACGAUGUCACCCAGGUGAUUAGUUUAGACGCCGGAUAUGAUAACUACGCCAAAUGUCCAUUUUGCCGGGGUCGUAUGUCCACAAUCUUCCCCCGACCCAAUAAAUCAGCAUGGACCUGGAAUGACCACUACACGUGUCCUUGCCGAAGUAUACGCGGCACUCCCCGUCUAUGAAGCACCAGGGACACAUAGCACACAACAGGAAUCACAAGUUUUAAUACCGGAUUCCCCUGAAUAUAUCGGGAAUAUUCCGGUAGUGAAUGUACCAAGUACUGUUAUGGAGCAGCCAGCUUUAAUAGAUCUUGGUGAUUUGAGCCCUUUGUUUGACCAAGAAAAUGAG